AUGACUACUACAUUUCAAACUAUAUUCAAAGUACAAUACAUUAGACAUUUGAUAUUCAAUUAUAUCGGUGAUAUAUCAAAACAAUUGUUUAAAGGUAGUUGGCAUGAUGGUAGACAAAUAUCAUUAGUCGGAAGAGAUAUCAUUGAGUUGCCUCGACUUGAAAUGAUAUCAACCUAUGGAAUGCCUUGGCACUAUGUUUGUCAUUAUCUACCUAAAGACACUACCCAAAUACUAUUGCAAAGAAGAAAAAGAGUAAUUACUCAAUACUGUUAUCAUCCAAAUGCAACAUUGGAUACACUCUUACAACUAUUGAAAUGGUCACCUGGUAUAGACUUUGAUUGGCAAUACUUUGGAACAAGUUGGCAUAAUAUAAACAAUCAAGAGAUAUUAGAUUAUGUCAUAAAGAGAUAUCGUGGUGAAAGUAAUUCCUUUCUAGUAAAGGCAAUGCGUACUUCUUGCAAAAAUGGGUAUCUCUCUAUUGUAAAGUUGAUACAUUCUAUUAAAGAUGCACAAAUACAUGAAAUAAUAAUGGAUUUGGCUCAUAUUAACGUUAUUCAAUAUUUACAUGAAAAUAGAUCACAAGGAUGUACUACUUAUGCUAUGGAUGACGCAGCAAAGAAUGGUAAUUUGGAUAUAGUAAAGGUGAGUUGGUCGAUCGAAACUGAAGGUUGUACAAAACAUGCUAUGAAUAAUGCUGCAAAGAAUGGUUAUUUAGAGAUGGUUCAAUUCUUACAUGAAAAUCGUCAAGAAGGAUGCUCAGAACAAGCUAUGGAUUGGGCAGCUCAAAAUGGACACUUUGAUGUCGUAAAGUACCUCGAUGAGCAUAGAAGUGAGGGUGCAACAAUCAAUGCUAUGGAUUUGGCAGCUAAAAAUGGACACUUUGAUGUCGUAAAGUACCUUCAAGAACACCGUAGUGAAGGUGCAACAAAGAAAGCAAUCAAUGGAGCUGCUGAAAACGGCCACAUUGAAAUUGUAAAGUUCCUUGAUGAACAUAGAACUGAAGGAUGCACAACUGAUGCUUUGGAUUGGGCAGCUCAAAAUGGUCACUUGGAUGUCGUAAAGUACCUUUAUCAGCACCACAGUGAUUGUGUAUCUACCAGAGUUCUUGAUUUAGCAUCAAUGAAUGGUCACAUUGAAAUUGUAAAGUAUAUUCAUUUCAACCAAAGUACAGGUGCAACAACCAAUGCUAUGGAUUGGGCAGCUAAAAAUAAUCACUUGGAGGUGGUCAAGUUCCUUCAAGAGAACCGUAGUGAAGGUGAAACUACUGAUGCUGUCGAUUAUGCCUCUAAAAAUAAUCACUUGGAUGUAGUAAAGUACCUUUAUGAGCAUCGUAGUGAAGGUGCAUCUACAGAUGCUAUGGAUUGGGCAGCUGCAGGUGGCUACUAUGAAGUUAUAAAAUAUCUUCAUGAGCAUAGUAGUGAAGGUGCAACUACAGAUGCUAUGGAUUGGGCUGCUAGAAAUAAUUUCCUUGAAAUUGUCCAAUUUUUACAUUUUAAUAGAAGUGAAGGAGGCACAAGUAGUGCAAUUCACUAUGCUUGUCAAUUUGGACAUCUAAAAGUGGUUACUUUUCUAGUCAAUGUUGGUUGGUGCAAAUUUGAUGCGUUGCAUCUAUUUACAGCUGCAUCGGAGAAUGGACACUAUGAUGUUGCCAAGUUUAUUCUUGAACAAUUUAAAGAUAGAAUUGGAAUAGAGUCAAUUAAGCGAGUCAUCAAAGAAACGAAAUGUCGUGAUCAUUUUGAAAUUAUUCAACUCCUUGAAGAUCAUAUUCGUUCCCAUACCACCAAACCACUCACAAGAAUAAGAUUAUAA